AUGAUCGCCUCGACCUCCACAUCCUCGGUCCACAAGGCGUCGCUAGUCGACGCUUCCACACACUCACCUGCUCUCCUUGAGCUCGUCGAACAACCAGUAACUCGUCCUGUCAUUGACUAUCUCAUCGAUGCUGUCGAGGACACCGUGGACGCAGCCCUCGGCCGCUCCGCCCCUCGCGGUCGCGCGCUCAAGCGCCGCGCUCACGAUGUUGCCUUUGGAGACCUCGUUCGCAAUGUCUUGACACGCGCCGAGGUCGAGAUGCCGGUCAUACUGACCACCCUCGCCUACCUCGACCGUGCUCGCCCUCACCUCCACAUCGCUCUCGAGGAGUGGGCAAAUGAACGGGUCUUUCUCGGUGCCUUGAUCGUUGCGUCCAAGUACACCAACGACAGCAGCCUCAAAAACAUCCACUGGGCGAUGUGCACCGGCAUCUUCGGCAAGCGUGACAUUGGACGCAUCGAGCGCGAGUUCCUCUCUGUCCUCGACUGGGAGCUCUCCAUCUCAGAAGAGGACGUUCUCGCACAUCACGCCGAGCUCUCUCGCCUCAUGCCUGAGCUUCACCACUCGGCAGUGGCACCAAUGACACCCCUUCCCCUGCCGUCCACCGCCACCAGCUCGACCAUGUCGAGCCCGAUGCCCACACUCCACCACUCUCCCUCGUCCAGCCUCGCCAGCCUCUCUCCACGCACACCACCCACGUAUGCCGAGGAUGCCAUGGAGGUCGACGUUGCGUCCUCAAGCCGUCUGCACUCUCGCGAGGGCUCGAUCGACGCGUCUGCGACCAUCGCACACAAGCACUUGCAUUCGCACUCUCAUUCACAUUCGGUCUCCAAACUGCUCCGUAGUUUGCACCUGCCGAGACCCCACCACACCCAUCCGCGCGCUGCGGCUGCGUAA